UGUACAACAGCAAAGGGGGAGUGAACUUAUAGACAGCAGUCAUAUUUUGAAGAAACAUAAUAUAUUUUACCUGAUUUGAGUGCAGUUACAGUUUAGCCGAAAGGUAAAAUGACCAACAGCGCUUCAUUUUCGAUUAAUACGGAUAUGUUUCUACUUAGUGUGUAAGCUAACUGUCCAAACUUUCUGACGCGGAGACAGGUCGCUAGCUGAAGAUUUUUGUAACCAAAAGCCAGCGCCUCCCGGACCAGCUAGCAGGCUAAUUGCUAUGCUAACUAAUCUGUCUGGAGUCCUUCCAGCAGUUCAGUAGAUGUCCACCCCCUCAGACACUUCUGGUGGUAUGUCCCAUCCUGGCCCCUCUCCGGGGGCUGGUCUGUCCCCAGGGCCUAUCUUGGGCCCUAGUCCUGGACCCGACCCCUCACCAGGCUCAGUCCAUAGUAUGAUGGGACCAAGUCCUGGACCGGGAACACCCAACGCACCUCAUGGCAUGCAGGGCCAGGGACAGAAUGAAUACUCUCAGGACGCAAUGUAUCCUAUGCACAAGACCAUGGAGGGGAUGAACGAUAAAACCAUGGGAGACGCGAUGCACUUUGGUCAUAUGAAAGGUGUGGGGAUGAGAUCUCUGCAUAGCGGUAUGGGGCCUCCACAGAGUCCUUUGGACCAGCACAGCCAAGGAUACAUGUCACCCCAUCCUUCUCCCAUGAGUGUCCAUGAGCAUUCUUCAAGUCCCAUGUCAGGAGGUGGAGGUGGUGGUGGUGGGGGACCCACACCGCCACACAUGCCUCCCACCCAGUCAGGUCCUAUGAUGUCCAUGGAUCCGCAGGGUGCCAUGCCUAACAUGAGCCAGCAGGGGCGAGGCCCUUCUGCCUUUAGUCCAGUUCAGCUUCAGCAGCUCAGAGCUCAGAUCCUGGCCUACAAGAUCCUUGGGCGUGGUCAACCUCUGCCUGAAAACCUCCAACUGGCUGUUCAGGGCAAGAGGAGUCUACCCACAAUGCAACAGCAGCAACAUCCACAUCAGCAACAGCAACAGCAACAACAACAACAACAACAGCAGCAGCAGCAGCAGCAGCAGCAGCAACAGGCCCCUGGUGCCAGUCCUUACAACAGGCCUCCAGGUAUGCCAAUGGCACCUAUGGGUGGUUCCCAGACAAGUCUCUGCCCUACCCCAGCCAUGCAAGGACAUAUUCAGAGCACAGGACCCAAGCCUUGGUCUGAUGCAGGUCUCUGACUGCAACUGCACUGUCGUAAAACGGUUACGCUUCCCAUCUGAUACAACGUCAACAAUUUGUUGACAAGCAGAGGGUGAAGAAGCCGGCACAGACGCCAUGAGAAGAUAAAGAACCAUGUCGACUCAAAACGUACAGGUAAAACCUGGAUGUCUGCAGUCCGAUGUUUAGUAUGAGUAUGUGUAUUCAACUGUUACCAUAAUAUCUAUAGGCCGUAGCUAAAUAGCUACAUGCAUACAUGCUAGUUAUCGGUUUGUAAAGUUAUAAACUUUUUGGAGACAACGUAAGAUGGAUAUAUUAAUCUAUUUGUUUGCAAACCGGAAACAUAACUUGUGUUGACUUUCUGCUCCCGGUAAAGCUGCUAAACGUGAGACAAUGAUGACACCGGAAAUGAUGCAGCCUCACGUUAUGUCUAAAUCUGUUAUACAUAAUCUG